AUGGCUCUGGGGCCGGGGCCGGGGCCACCGCGGCUGCAGCACCGGGUACCUGGCGAGGUGCUGCCCCUUCCAGCCCAGGAUGUCCGUGUUUUUCCACAAACUCUUUCAGGAAAGCCCAAGGUGUAUCAAGGUGUCAGAGUAAAGAUCACAGUGAAGGAGUUACUGCAGCAGAGAAGAGCACGACAGGCAGCAACUGGUUCAGCAGUUUCUUGGGGCGGCAGCAGCAGCAGCAUCCAGUUCUCAGAGUCUGUGUCUCCGCCUCACCCAGCCCCUUUUGAUGCAGAGCCCAUCUCUUCUGUCCCCAACUGCUGUCCCUCCUGGCAGUUUUCCAACUGCCUCUCCUGUGAGGAAAGCCCCAGCUACUUGGAGCAGCUGAUAGAUUCCUGUCUGCAGUCGGAUGCGCCCUCGGAGCCAGCCUGCAGUGCUUUCCAGCCAUCACACUACACCCCAGACACCUUCCAGCCCGUCCCUCUCUGCUUUAACCAGGGCCUGCCCUGGGACAGCAGGGUCCCCCAGUGCUUCCCCUGCCCCAGCACGGACUGCCUGGACUACCUGCCCCCCCUGGCCAUGGCCGAGGACUUCUUCAGGAGGGACAGGAGCUGGGACAUCUGCUACAGCUAAUGG